GUUGGUUCUUGGAUUUGCUCACUCAAUCCGUAAUCACUUUCGAACCAAGAAUUGGUGAUUCAGUCGUACAUACGAGGAAUCACCCAGAAAGCUUUUCGUGUCAUUCAGUUUUAGAGUUCAGUGUAAACAGUUGAAAAAUGCCCGCGAAUGGUCAAGGGGAGAUAAAUGUGGACGAGUCGGAGUCCUACAGUGACACCUUGGCGUCUUCUGAAGACGAAGAAGCCGCAUGUUUAUCCCGAACCAUCGAAAGAUCCUUCACCACCACUACUCUACCGGCCGACAAAUUAGCCACCAUAGAGAGCCUGCCAUCGAAAAGAGAUCACGAAGCAUUUUUCAGAGAAUGCAUAGACAUUAUGCUUCGAGAGGCCAUCUUCGAAGGAACAUCCAGAAGAACCAAAGUUCUCGAUUUCAAGCAGCCAGAAACGCUCUUAAAACUCUUGGACUUCGACCUAAAAGCCCAGCCCAGCUCUCACAGUGACUUGAUAAAAAGCCUCAAGGACGUCAUCAAAUAUUCAGUGAAAACCGGACAUCCGUAUUUCGUCAAUCAGCUCUUUUCCAGUGUGGACCCAUAUGGGUUUGUGGGGCAAAUGCUGACGGAUGCCCUAAAUCCCAGUGCGUAUACUUACGAAGUGGCGCCCGUGGUAAUUCUCAUGGAAGAAACGGUGUUGAGGGAAAUGAGGCAAAUUGUGGGCUGGCCAAAUGGAGAAGGCGAUGGGAUUUUUUGCCCUGGAGGAUCCAUGGCUAAUGGCUAUGCCAUUAGCUGUGCCCGACACUAUUAUUUCCCUGAAGUUAAGACAAAAGGGUUGCACGGAUUGCCCAAACUUGUGCUAUUUACCUCAGAGGAUGCUCAUUAUUCCAUAAAAAAAUUGGCGUCUUUCUUGGGUUUGGGAACUGAAAACGUCCAUCUGGUCAAUACGAAUUCUCAGGGAAAAAUGGAUCCGGAUCACUUGGAGCAGCUUAUCAACACAAGUCUGGAAAACGGAGAAAGGCCUUUUAUGGUGAGCUCCACUGCAGGUACCACAGUGAUAGGGGCAUUCGAUCCAAUAGAAAAACUGGCAGAUAUUUGCAAAAAAAACAACAUGUGGUUGCAUGUUGAUGCUGCCUGGGGAGGAGGCGCUCUCAUCUCGAAAAAACACCGAAACUUACUAAAGGGAAUCGAAAGAGCCGACUCAGUUACAUGGAAUCCACAUAAACUGCUCACCGCCCCUCAACAAUGCUCUACAUUGUUGGUCAAGCAUAAAAACGUGCUUUCAGAGGCUCAUUCUGCAAAUGCAGCUUAUCUCUUCCAAAAGGAUAAGUUUUAUGACACUCAAUACGAUACUGGAGACAAACACAUUCAAUGUGGCCGUAAAGCCGACGUGUUGAAGUUUUGGUUCAUGUGGAAAGCAAAGGGAACCAGCGGAUUGGAGCAACACAUCGACAAAGUCUUUGAAAACGCUCAGUAUUUCUACGAAAACAUCAAACAGAGGCCUGGAUUCCAAAUCGUGAUCCCUGAACCUGAAUGUACCAACAUCUGCUUCUGGUAUGUGCCGGAAAGUCUGCGGAUGAACAGCACCGAAGAAUUCCUCGAUAAAUUGCAAAAUGAUGGAGAGUAUAAAGAAAAAUUGCACAGAGUGGCACCAAAAAUCAAAGAAAAAAUGAUGACAGAAGGCACGAUGAUGGUGACCUACCAAACCUACAAGGAGAAGCCGAACUUCUUCAGGAUGGUGUUCCAGAGCUCCGGCCUGGAUAAGAAUGAUAUGUUGCAUUUGAUUCAAGAGUUUGAGAGGCUGGGCCAGGGUCUUUGAAGGCUCAAUCUUGAUUUUUUUAAAAUCGAGCAAAAAUUGGAAAUUAAUAUUUUAUUUAAUCGUCCCAGAUAGACAGUUGGUUCAAGUCGUACUUCCUUAUUUCAUAUGUUGUGUAAUUAUAUUUGUAAAUAAUGUAACAUUUUUAUUUAUUUUUUUAGUAUAGCAGAGAUUACUGUUUUUAAAGCAAAAUAAAUCCUACCUAUUGUAUAAUAGUUGUAUAAUAGUGAGCAUGACUUUAUAGUAUCUUUAUAAUUGGCUUUAUAAUUUCCCCGGCUCUAUGCGAUAAGAUUGUUUUAUAACUUUUAGAGCCAAAUAUAUGAGUGCAACAAGAUCAAUCCAUAAAUACGUAGAACAGAAAAAAAUGUAUAUGAGUUUCAUCUUCUAAUACAGGCGGUCUACCUUGUUCCACCCAUACAAUAUUUAGCAAUGAAAAUGUGCUGCCAUAGUUGUAUGCUAAGUUUCUUUGCAACAUUAUUGUAAAAUUGUUUAAUUGAAAUAAAUGAUUGAGCGUCCGAA